AUGAUGCACGGUUCCAUGCGGAUGUCCUCCGCCGGGCCAGCCGGGCCGGCCGGGCCGAUGUCCAGUUCUGCGGGCUGUCCGGCGGCCUUCCGUUCUUCAGGGAUGUCGUCAGGCUUUGCUCCUCCAGUGGACACCUUGGCACCAAUGGCAAGCCAACGGUCUGCGGGGGAGAAUGAGCUGGGGGUCUACUGCACGGUGGUGGUGUCAAAGCUCUUGGAUGUGCCUGUUGAGAACAGCAUGUUUGGGAAAGAGGCCAAGACUUAUCAGCUUCGCGUUCUGGAUCACAAGAGGAAGGAGCUUGCACGAAGUGAAGAGAUUCAAGGACUUGAGGAUCAUCAGCUGAAAGGCUUAACGGCACAAACUUUUGCUAUCCCCGAUGACUUGGGGACUCUGCAUGCCAAGACGUUGUCCAAAACCAUCCAGGUCCAGGUGGAGUUCACGGGAAUGAUGGGCAACACCAUCGGCACCUGUCAAAUCAACCGCUUGGACCUUCGAUCGAACAAGCCUUGGCCCUACGAGGUGACCUACGACAAUCAAGUCAUUUGUGGCAUUGAGCUAUGCGUUGUCGAGGAUGAGCCUGCAGAGACGGCGGCACCACUCUAUACCUCUGGCAUGGGGAUGAUGCAGUUGCAGAAGUUCACGGCGAGCAAUGUAGAUGCCGAAGACGUGCAACAUGCCGUCAGCUGCAUGCUGGAGCUGCAUGCUGCCAAAGAUCUUCCGGCACCAAGAACACCAGAUAUGAAAGACGUGGUGGUGACCGUGUUGACCGAUGGGGGCAAAGAGCUGAGGAAGAUCGGGCUCUUCCAGUCAGAGAUGUUGACUGGAAAUCAGUUGGCCUCCGUGGACUUUCGGGAAACGAGGACUUUUGUGCAGGCACCUUUACAUUUUGGUGGAGAUGCUCAGGAAGGCUCCCAGUACAUCAAGAUCGCAGUGUCGUAUGGCAAGAGGUCGGGGAGUACGACCAGCACCGAGAUCAUCGGCGUGACUGACCCGGUGAAGGUCUCCUGGAAGCCCAUGGUGAAGGACUAUUUGGCCCUGCGGAAUCCGGACAGCCGACGCCUGCUGGGCGGGAUCUACGUCUCCCAUCGCCUGGUCACGGAAGCCGAAUCGGCCUCCGUCGGCGACGACACCAUGAAGUCGGGCCGCGUGGCGCUGCCGAAGCUCACGGCGCCGCUGGAGUUGGAGCACCGCGUCUCCGGGCGCACGGGGAACUUCCCGCACGGCUCGCCGGAGGAGGCCAUCGAACAGGCUGUGAUCAAUGCAGAGGCACAGAACAGAGCCUUGCUCCAACGAUGCAAGAAGGAAGAUCAGCAGAGUCCCCAUGACUUCCCGGGCAUGCGUUUGAACAACGGCUGGCGAGAGUGGGAUAAUUUAGAUGCUCUCUUCGAGAGCAUGGGCCCUAAUCCUUUGGUGAUGUCAGAGGAUCUGGGGCCACAGGCUCGCGAUGUGGCGAAGCAUCUGCCAGCGGCCAGAUCUCAGGCGGAUCAGAUGCUGAAUCUGGAGAUGCUUCGCAUGUACGUGAAGGAUGAUAUCUCCAAGGGUGAAUCCAUGAUUCGGCCCGUGGUUUGCAAGGAUGCCAAUGAGAUUGCAGGUCCACAUGAUAUGACCUGGUGUCCCGAUCCACCCGUCUAUGUUCCCAUGUCCAACUUGACGGAGAAGGACAAGGAGACGGUGCGGUUAGCGUGCUACAAGCCGGAGCAGAAUGCCUCGCUUUUGUUCGUUGAUGCCAAUCCCAAUUACAACAUCAGAGACCUGGUUUGUGAGCAUGAAGUGCCCGCUGCCGGCGACGAAGCCCACAUUCCAGAGCUGCGUGUCGCGAGGCGAGGCCAAGAGAUCUUGGUCACCUUGAGAGGCUGCGUCCCAGGUGACGAAGGAGAGGCCAAGAUCCUUCUGGAGGAGUUGGAUGCGAUGUUGCUGCUCUUCUCAGAGGAGAAUGUGGAGAAGUACACUGUGCAUGAUCUUUUGCGGGCAGUUCCACUUGCACCGUGUAGUUGUGCUCCCAUGGUCUCGCUGGAUGACCAGGUGUUGGAGAACUUUUGGAGGGAGAGAUUGAUGCAUGAGGCUGAGCUUCCACGUUCCUUCCAAGGGGCAUCAGCCGCAUCUCCCUCGUGGCAGUCUUUGCCCUUCUUGCUGCCAUCAACAUCAGUGGAAUCAGUGAUCGCGGCUUUGGCUGGGGUGCUGGGCGAAAUGUCUGGCCAGGAGGAGGUAUCAGUCCUGGUGCCACUGGGAGGUGAAGAACCUACCGGUUGGUUUCCCUUGUGCCUUGCGAAGGUGCAGUCAGACUUUGAGGUGGCUGCAGAGCUCACCAAGAUGGAAAAGCACGCCCUGGUGCCACGCUACGCUCUGGAAAGGCUGAUGGCACGACCAUCGAGGCCUUCUGCCGCAGUGCUCCAGGUCAAAGGUCCAGCUUGCGGUGCGUGGUGUUUGUCCACAAGCUUGCAGCAAUGGGGUGAGAGAUGCAGUCAGCGAGUACGCAGUUCCGUUGCAUCUCAUCGAGAUUUAGAGAGUGUUGAGCUCAUGGUGGCCUUGGGUACCGUGGACAUCUGCACCAGGAGCAAGACGUGUGGGUUGAUGAUCUUCAAUGAGGCCUGUGGCUUUGACCAGCCCAUGGCACAAGCACUUGCCAAGCGUCUCACUGCCCACUUCGAUGAAGACCCGUCCAAGCAAUCCAAGCCACGCGAUGGUUUGUCCAACCUUCUUCACACCUCGGGCGUCGCCGGCUCCCCGCCCUUGCUGCGCACGAACCUCCUGCGGCUGCUGCUGCAGAGCGCCCAGCGCACGCCGCGCAGCACGGCGGCGGCUGACGUGGGAAUUGCGUUGAGCUACUCCGAGCUGCUCUCCUGUGCAGCUGCAGCUUCGGAAGAGCUGAUGGUGUUUGCCGGCUCCAGAGCCAUUGUGGGUGUGUUAGCUGAACGUGGUGUGGCUGCUUUAGUGGGCCUUCUCGCAGCCAUGUUAGUAGGUGCUGCUUAUUGCCCGCUCAUUCCAUCGCAGCCGCCAAACCGGCUGGCCUCGAUGAUCUCCGUGGCUGCCAUCCGAGCUUUGCUCUUCCACCCCUCUGCCGAAGAGCUCGCCCACGAACUCCAACAACUCACGAGCCUCAACACGGUGUCAAUCCAAUUGGAUGCUUCAGUGAGGAGUCGCUCUCUCCAUGAGAUCUCCCUGUCCCGGGCCAGCUCUGGAGAUGAGCCGAUGCACGUACUCUUCACAUCAGGAUCCACGGGCACUCCCAAGGUGGUGCGAGCAUCGCACACCGCCGUCCUGACGCAUUUGCUCCACGUGGUGCGGACGCAUCAGCUGCAAGCGACCGAUGUGGGGCUCCCAGCCGACCUACGUGGGUCAGCGACGGUCAACGAUGAAGGUUGCAGAAGAACGACCCUGGAAGCAGAACAGAGCAGAACCCCGGAUACCGCUCUGAAGAUUGGCUUGGAAUCACAUGAGCAAGGGCCAAACGAAUCCAUUCGAAGAGCUUUCAAGCACCAGAACGAGAAGAGCAUUUUCUCGUAUGGACUCUCGUAUGGUUUUACACAUCGAGAUAGACAUGCAGAUGCAGAAAACUGUCCCAGAUACAUGGCCCAGAAUGCAGGAACCGGUGCCAUGUUGGUUCUGUGCUUGUCUUCUCGAGCCCAAGUUGAGGUGGCCUUGCAACACACCAGCCUCGCAUGGGUGGCUGCAGCCCCCGAACUCUGGACGCCUUUGCUUGCUGGGGCACAGCUGGCGAUUGCGCCGUUGGCACCCAAAGGAGGUUCCUUGCAGAACUGUGUGUCCAACUUCUUCAAAUAA